UGACGACGUUUCGCAUUUGGCAGGUCGCGUUCUGCAAAUACGUCUCUUAAUUGUUAUGCAAUAACAAUACGAAAAGCUCGAUAAAAUACAAUUGGAAUUAUUGUUCCUUAGCUUUGCAGACCACAACAACCACAAGUGCAUUUAAUUAAUUGUGAUACUAGUUUAAAUUGACAACUAAAUAUGUUUAAGCAACUUUUUAAUAAGUGUGGCUUACUAAGUAGAACCCAUUGCCAACAAAACUUGUCCCAUCGUUUGAUUUUAGUUUCGCAGCAACUAGUAGACUAUAGAAAUCAACGUGACUAUAGCUCAGGCGGAUCAACCAUGGAGAAAUUUGAUUUACCUAAAAGACUACAAGGAAGCGCACCAAGUGUUUGGAAUGAGUACAUUGCCUUGGCUAUGGAAUAUAAACCCUUGAAUUUGGGCCAAGGUUUUCCAGAUGAUGCCGCACCGGAAUAUGUCACCAAUGCUUUGGCAGAUAUAGCUAAAGAUUCUAACCCCCUACUUCAUCAAUACACAAGAGGAUUUGGACAUAUGCGUCUUGUACAAGCCAUUGGCAAAUUGUAUUCUAAGCUGCUAAAACGAGAAUUGAAUCCCCUAAAUGAAAUUAUCAUAACGUCCGGCGCUUAUGAGGCCUUAUAUUCAUCCAUAAUGGGCCAUGUUGAUACCGGGGAUGAAGUCAUCAUCAUUGAGCCAUUCUUUGAUUGUUAUGAGCCCAUGGUUAAAAUGGCUGGAGGUAUAUCAAGGUUUAUUCCACUGAAACCUGUAAGUUCAACUAAACUGUUCAUUAUGAAAUUAAUUCACCCUGCUUUCUUGCAGACUAAAACCGAGGGUACCAUUUCCUCUGCUGACUGGGUAUUGGACGAGGAGGAACUUAAGAAAAUGUUCAACAACAAAACUAAAAUGAUUAUUUUAAAUACUCCACACAAUCCCAUUGGUAAAGUUUUCAAUCGCAAGGAGCUGGAACUCAUUGCUGAUUUGUGUAAAAAAUGGAAUGUCCUCUGCUUGUCGGACGAGGUUUACGAAUGGAUGGUGUUCGAUGGCAAUGAGCAUAUAAGAAUUUGCACACUACCCGAUAUGUGGCAGCGUACCAUAACCAUUGGUUCGGCUGGGAAAACUUUUUCGGUUACAGGUUGGAAGACAGGGUGGGCUUAUGGACCAGCAAAUUUAAUAAGAAAUUUGCAAAUGGUUCAUCAAAAUUCAGUUUACACUUGUCCCACCCCCUUGCAGGAAGCGGUGGCCAGAGGUUUCGAACUGGAAAUGACUCGUUUGGAUAGUCCGGAAUGUUUCUUUCACAGCUUGCCCAGAGAAUUGCAAGGCAAAAGAGACUAUAUGGCAAAAUUCCUAACUGAGGCUGGCAUGAAGCCCACCGUGCCAGAGGGAGGUUAUUUCAUGUUGGCCGAUUGGACUCAAUUGGAGAAAAAAAUCGACAUCAACUCGGAGCAGGAUAAAUAUCGGGACUACAAAUUUACCAAAUGGAUGACCAAGAAUAUGGGUUUGCAGGGCAUUCCCCCAAGUGCAUUUUACAAUGAGCAACAUAAGAAUUUGGGUGAAAAUUUUGUGCGCUACUGUUUCAUUAAGAAGCAGGGCAAUCUGGAGAAAGCUUCCCAAUUGUUGGAGAAAUUAAAAAAUAAUUAAGUUGAGCUUUCAACUGUGAAAGCGUAGAAGUUUUUUGUCUUUUAGUUAGAAUAUAAAUGCGAAUUUAUAUUUUGUAAUAAAAUUGUAUUAGAUACAUGAAAUGAUUAUAGCAAAAAUACCAUA